AUGGCCAAAGCUAUUUCGGAGGGGCAGGCUGCGCCCCCAGUUGAUUUGCGAUAUUUGAACAGGCGCUGUUGCGAAACUGAACUCAAUUCUGGGCGUGCUGAUGUGGUCUCGUUUCUAUCUGAUGUUUAUGCAUCAGUAGCUGAAACUCUCCCAGACUUUCGAGAUGACACCUACGAUUGUGAGACUACCUUGGAGCCUGCGACUGACGCCCAUGGCAAAGACCCCUACGCCGAACUGGUUGCUAAAUCUGAUCCAGAUGCUGCAGGGUCUUCUCAAGGUCCCUUGAUUGGCAAAGCUCCCAAGGACAAGAAGAAGAAACAGACAAGACGUAGUGUUCAGACAAAUCCAGGCAGAGAGCCUGGUUCUGGGGAGCUUUGUGAACGACGGUGCACUGCCGUGGGCCGCCCAGAGCCUUCGUCCUUUUCGGUGCCCCUGUCAGAGAAUUUUGAAGGGAAGGAGAACGUGCUAGGGCUUGCCAAGCCAAGUGGCGUUUCAGUCGCCAUCCAGACUUACCGGAAGAAGUCAAAGGACAAGCUAGUUUUGGACAUGGCCGCCAAGUGCUGGGGCCAAGGGAUUGAAUGGAACGAGGCUUUGAAGAUAGCGCAGAAUGCUCAGAAGCGAAUUGCUGAGAGAGUGGGUCCUAGAAAGGGAAAAGGAAAGGGGAAAUAA